AAGAUGAAACUAAAAAAGGUUGUCUCUUUCAAAUCAUAAAGAAUGCAUUGAAGAAUAAGAAGGAAUUCAGGGAACUCCAUAAAUUGAAGCAUACAACACCUAUUUUUGCAGAAAAAGUUUGAUCAGUAUCAAAUGGAAGGCGGCAUCCAUGAAAAUCUGCUAGAACACGAGGCGAAGUCGUCGGUUUUGAAGAAUAAGAUAUGGAAUGAGACCAAAAAACUGUGGGUUGUUGCAGGUCCAGCUAUCUUAAUACCAUUCUCAACAUUUGGAAUCCAUGUAAUCAGCCAAGCUUUCAUAGGCCACUUCAGCUCCAUGCAGCUCGCUGCAUACGCCCUUGUAUUCACUGUCAUCUUCCGAGUUGUCCUUGGUGUGCAGCUUGGCAUGGUAAACGGGGUUGGAACGCUGUGUGGGCAAGCGUUUGGCGCCAAACAGUAUCACAAGCUAGGCGUGUAUCUUCAGCAAUCAUGCAUCAUAUUGCUCGUUGCCUCAGCCCUCUUGACGCCAAUGUUUAUAUUUGCUGCCCCGAUUUUGAAAGCAUUAGGCCAGGAUCACCAGAUUGCUGAUGUGGCAGGGGAUUUUGCUCUGUGGUUCGUUGCUGUCUCGUUCUUGUACGCUGUGCUGUAUAGCUGCAACUCGUUCCUGCAGUCGCAGAGCAAGAACUUUAUUCUCUCGUUCUUUGCAGUGCUGUCGUUGCUAGCACACGUCUUCUUCUCGUGGCUUUUGUCUGUGAAGUUGGGGUUCGGUGUUACUGGUGUGAUGGUGUCUACUGUUUUGUCGUAUGUGAUACCGAAUGUGGGCCAGAUCGUGUACAUCACGGGCGGUGGUUGUAGAGAGACGUGGAAGGGGUUCACGGCCUUGGCAUUCGAGGAUCUUGGACGUACAAUCAAGCUUUCUGUAUCAUCUGGUGUGAUGAUCUGCCUAGAGUUCUGCUACAACACUGUGCUAAUUCUUCUGGCUGGAAACAUGGGUAAUGCAGAGGUCACAAUUGAUGCUCUUUCUAUCUGUCUUAACAUCAGUGGAUGGGCAUUGAUGGUAGCCUUUGGGUUCAUGGCAGCAGCGAGUGUUCGUGUGUCAAACGAGCUGGGAAGGAGGGAUGCCAAGGCAGUGAAGUUCUCGAUUUUGAUGGCAGUUGGGACAUCAUUCAGCAUUGGGCUAGUGUUGUUUGUGUGUUUCUUGGUGUAUGGGGAGAAUGCAGCCUACGCGUUCACCAAUAGUGAGGAAGUGGCUGGGGCGGUUGCUCGUCUGUCUCCUCUGCUCGCAUUUUCUCUGCUGCUGAACAGCGUUCAGCCGGUUCUCUCAGGUGUGGCUAAUGGAGCUGGGCAACAAGGCAUUGUGGCAUAUGUGAACCUGGCUUCAUAUUACUUGAUUGGUUUGCCUCUGGGAGUCAUUCUUGGCUAUGUCUUGAAGCUGCAAGUUGUGGGUGUGUGGGUAGGGAUAAUAAUGGGAACUGCUGUCCAAACUGCUACACUUGUUUGGAUGACUUGCAUCACAGAUUGGGAUAAACAGGUAUCAGUUGCUCAGAAACGGAUCACCCCCAUAUCUCGGCAAAACGAAACUUCGUCACCGUGAUAGGAACUAGCCAAGGCCCGCUUGUGUGAUCAUUACCGUUCCACCAAUAGAUAAGGAAUUAGACUUGCCCAAUGAUUUGGAACACGAAAAAAAAUCGAUGGCGAUUGUAGUAAAUAAGAAAAUUUCCCCCAAUGUAUGUGUCUAAGUUUUGCUCUACAAUUCAACUGAUGGUAUACUAUCCAAUUACUUCUCUAUUUAGUUUGAUAUAAGGUAAGAACGUGAUAUUUUUAGUUAA